UAUAUAACUACUGGAGUAAUAUUUAUAUCGCAUGAAAUGUAAUUUCUUCUCCUUAAUUCCCUAAACAAGUAGCUAGUAAAAUGGAUGAAUAUGCAUCACAGUACUCAAUGUGGAUGAAGGGCAAAACAAUUCCUCUGGGAGCUGGCUUUAUAUGGCCUCCAAGAUGUUAUUCAUGUAGCUUUUGUAAGAGAGAAUUCAGGUGUGCUCAAGCUUUAGGUGGUCACAUGAAUGUCCACAGAGGGGAUAGAGCCAGACUCAAGCAAUCCCUUAACCCACAAAACGAAGCUCUUUCCCAAAGUUUUUCAAAACAAUCCCCAGCUAGAAAUUCGAAAAGUGCUUCUUUAACUCUUUCUUCAAAAUUCUCUCAUCUUGCUUAUUCUCCUGAAAUCAAGGAAUUAGCAGCUGGGCAAAAGAUCAUGUCAUCAUCUUCCAGUACUAAUCAAGAUUUGAGUAGAUACAAAAAGUUUAUUUUGUUGGAUGAUGAUGGAAAUUCUUCGUCAGUAGGCGUAUCAGCUUCAAAGAGACAAAAAAGCUGCAUGGUUUCAUCAUUGCCUAUGCUCCAUAAACCAUGUUCGAGUCAUGAAAAAUAUAGUUUCACUACUUCAGAUUAUAAAGUGGGGAUCACGACCAGUUCCAUGGAGGAUAUUGAUCUUGAACUCAGGCUAGCUAUAGGUGAUCCACCAGCCAAGCAAUUACUUACGCUAGGUUUAAUUUAGGAACCAAGAAACAUGACUAAUCUAUCUCUUUUCAUCUCAUCAUAUUUUUA